AGGGUUGUUUAGUUCUAUUUGAACGGUUCUCGAGAGUGGUCCGGAUUUUUGUUAGCUCGCGAAGUUGGUGCGAUUCAACGGAACGGCAACUGCUAAGACGACGACGGGUACUGCACUGAAGAAGACUGGUCUCGCCGCGUCCGCUGGUUGUGUUUGAGAACAGAAGAAAUUAUGAGUUGAAGCUGAAUAAUAAUAAGGAGGAGGAGAACAGUGCUCGAGGAGAAAACGGAGAAGACGACGACCGCGACUCGUUCGUGGGGUUAUUUGGAGGAUUGGUGCGUGGUCCGUGUGUGAUGCGAAGAAGCUGUACCCUGCCAGUGAAGCGAGUGUCUCGAAAAUAUGAUAAAGUGAAGCUGCUGGUAGAAGCCAAAUAUUUAGAAGAGCCGGGUUAUGUUUGAGUUAACGACAGCGAAAAGUAUGAAACAAGUGUACAAGUGAGUGCAGGGUUCAACAAAGUUCAACAAAUACCCCAAAGUGAUAAAUCGGCGCAAAGUUCCUAACAUUACAAACGAAACUCAACGAAAAAGCAACCACUUCACGAUGUCGUCAAAGAGCUGCCACUUGCUGCCCUCAACUCCAGCCAUGAACCGGGUCCUGCUUAUGCUAGCCUUAGUGCUAGCGAGUGCGGCCGCGCAUCGUUUGCAGCAAUUCACGAGCCCAGAAGCUGCACCAACAAGUGGCGAUAAAAUGUCAUCAGCGGAUGGUUCGGAACCGCCCCGACGGUUCCACGCUAUCUUUCAAGGCUCUUCGGCGGCGGCGGCGAUGGCAGAGCUCAAGUCAUCACCAUCGUCUCUGGAGAAGAUGCUGGCUGGCAGCAGUAGUAGCAGUAGCAGUAGUCGCCGGUCCAAAGUGGCGGUAGAUAACAGCACCAGCGACAAUACCAGCAGCCAGAAGAACCGCACUCGACAGUGCCGCGAAGGUUGCCUCGGAAAGCGCUCCAUCAAGGACAUUCUUUGCACCCAGCAGCGCGAGUGCGCUAUGUGCUGGGACGUGUGCAACCGUAACCACCAGAUUCGUAAGGAAAACGAACUAGCCCACCGGUUACUGCUCAGCCUCAGCCGAAUGAUCCGGAACGAAUCGGUAGUGGCCGCGGACAUCGAGUGGACCACGCCGGAGGAACUGCUGGAACAUCAACCGCAUCCGGGCGUUCCUUCGCCGCUGGCCGCUAGCGAAAACGUCGAACGACUCAGCCGGAUUGCCCGAGAUGGCGGUCCAAAUGGAACUUCGGUUUCGAAGAUCAUCCAAGCCCUCAGCCAGGCGUCGUCGCUGAUGGGACCGGAAUCGAAAACGGUGACCAGUAGCAGUAGCAGUAGUUCGGAGCAGAGCUUCCACCAGUGUUUGGUGUCGUGGGAGAUUUCCGGUGGGGGUUUGACCGGCAAUCUGCUGACCGAAACUGCCAAAGUCGAACUCUCCCUGUGGCCAAACACCAAAUAUCACGUGCACGUGACCUGUCGAAAUAAGGAAACCGAUCAACUAAUCCGCUCGGCUCCCCUGCUGAUCGACACCAGCGAAGCAAUUGUGGUGUCCCUUCACGGUACAACUACCACUACCAGCACGACAAUCACCACCUCGACCACAACCACAACGGCCCGACCGCUCGCGAUAAACUCGGUGAUCGAGGAAAUCGAAGUGGUCCAGGAGGCGGCCGCAUUCGAGAGCGCUUCCGAUGACGUCGACGCCGAAGCGGACAGCUACAGCAGUGCCAACAGCUACCAAACUAAAUCCAGAUCGAACCCAUCCGGGCACAAUCUGUGGCCUAUCUAUAGUGCCGCCGUAGAUCUGCCCGAGAACUCCAAGGAGGUGAUCAUCCUGGGGGUGUUCGUAGCGAUAUUGGCGUUCGUGUUGAUCGUGCUGACGGUCGUGAUCCUCAUCCGACGGAAGCACGAUCAAAUCGAAGACCGAGAGCUGCUGAUCGAGAGCGAAGUUCUGCCGAAGAUUUUGCACGUUUGAUAGGGCCAUCACCACCCGCUCUGUGUUGGCACCAGUGAUGACGAAAACGUCGACGAGGUCGGUGGGUGUUUUCUGUAAAUAGCUGUUUUUAUUAGACUUCUUUCUUCCCCCCUUUUUAUGCUCCUACUUAGAAACGAAAUGAAUCAUAAUGGGAAAAGCUUCUCUCUAAUUUAAAGCCCAACUCAGUCCUCCUAUUCUUCUGUAGGUACGGUAUAAAUUAUUGAUUUUAUCGAUUCCGAUAAUUUCUGGAUUAGGUUACCCGCUCAAGCACUGCAUUAUUGGCGAGGAAAAAUUAUCAGGCAUGUAAUUAAUAUACUCCUCUUCUCGAACAAAAAACAAAAACCCAAAUCGGAAAAAUAAUCGGAAUAAGCAGUAGCAAUCACAUCGGCAUCUGGAAACACAGUGAAAAAACAUAACUAAAACUAAUCGCAGAAAUUAAAGAAUGAAGCUAGUCCUUUUUUGUUUGUUUUGGGAACGAGUGAAUGAGUGGCGCAUCGGAAAGUGAUUAAAGGGAAAUAAAGAACGGAAAGGAAUGCUGUGAUGUUGAAAAAAAAACGACAGGGAAUGAUCUACGAGAAGAGGGAAGCGCGAGAGAGAAAAAGAGAGAGAGAAACGUUAAGAUGUCAAGUCUUUAUUACUAGAGGUGAACGUGUUUAUAUAGUUAGAGCAGAUAGAAAAAGAGAGAAAUUAAGAAUCAAGGAAGAGUGGAGGAAAGUUUUAUCAAUGUUACUAGGCGAAUCAAUGCAAGCAAAAGAGAAAAAAAACAGAAAAAAUGAAAAUUGAGUCGAAAUAAACAAAGUGUAAAAUAUACAAAGUAAAUUAUGCAUACAAACUGAAACCAAUCAUCCUUGUGUACAUUGUGUAAAAAGACUGAAAAUAAUGUAUAAUAAAUAAACUUCGAAAUGAUGAAUAAUACCUUAAAA